AUGGACGACCUUUUCUCCUUCCUAGAAAAUGCUGCGCCGGACAUCGACGACGCAGAGACCGACGAUAUCAACGCUUCUUUCCUCAAGAAAAGAAAACCUGAAGCCUCGGAGCUCGAACUGAAUGGCGACCACCCCACACCUCUCAAGAAACAAAAGAAAGAAACCAUUCUACCCCCGAAUCCAGUGAUCACCGAUGAAAUAGAGAUAGAAGCAAAACGCGAGGUGGAAGCGAGUGCUGGACUGCAAGGAGGUGUUGAAACCGGCUCGAGAUUGGAGCUUAGACAUCAGGUUCGGCACCAAGUCGCGGUCCCUCCUGGGUACAAUUACAUUCCAAUAUCACAACGUGUACCUCCCCCCAAUCCAGACCGAGAGUACAAGUUUGAUCUCGAUCCGUUCCAAAAAGUCUCGGUGUCCGCCAUUCAACGUAACGAGAGUGUCCUGGUGUCUGCACAUACAAGCGCCGGGAAGACUGUUGUCGCAGAGUAUGCAAUCGCCCAAUCUCUGGCAAGGAAACAGCGUGUCAUAUAUACAAGUCCAAUUAAAAUUCUUCGUUCCAUGCUGUACCGAGGCUCGGAAAUCAUGCGUGAAGUUGCCUGGGUUGUUUUUGACGAAAUCCACUACAUGCGAGAUAAGGAACGGGGUGUAGUUUGGGAAGAAACUAUCAUUCUUCUUCCUCAUACCGUCCGAUGCGUCUUCCUCUCAGCGACUAUCCCCAAUGCCAUGCAAUUUGCCGAGUGGAUAUGCAGGUCACACGAACAACCCUGUCACGUCGUCUACACUAAUUACCGACCAACUCCCCUUCAACAUUACCUCUUCCCGAAAGGAGGGGAAGGUAUAUAUCUUGUGGUCAACGAAAAGGGUGAAUUCCGGGAGGACAACUUCAGUAAGGCGAUGGGGGAGUUGCAAGAGCGUAUCGGUGAGGAUCCGGCCGAUCCCAAAGGUGGGAAAGGAAGGAAAGGCAAGACGAGGAAGGGCGGAGAAAAAAAAGGCGAGUGGAUAGUGAAGAUGGUCAUGGUCAAGAACUUCAAUCCUGUCAUCGUUUUCUCUUUCAGCAAACGCGAAUGCGAGGCAAAUGCAAUAGCAAUGUUCAAGUCCGAGUUCAAUACCACAGAAGAGCAAGACCUCGUUUCGAACAUAUUCAACAACGCCAUUGAAAACCUUGCGCCCGACGACCGUCAGUUACCCCAGAUCUCAAACCUCUUGCCGCUAUUGAAGCGGGGAAUCGGAAUCCAUCACAGUGGACUUCUACCGGUUCUCAAAGAGGUGAUCGAGAUUCUUUUCCAGGAGGGCCUGAUCAAAGUGCUCUUUGCGACAGAGACGUUUUCGAUCGGUCUCAACAUGCCUGCCAAGACUGUCGUCUUCACGGAUACACGUAAAUUCGAUGGACGGGAACAAAGGGAUUUAUCUUCCGGUGAAUACAUCCAGAUGUCUGGACGCGCCGGACGUCGAGGUCUCGAUGACAGAGGGGUCGUAAUCAUGAUGUGUGAUGAGAAGUUGGAACCGACAGUUGCAAAGGACAUGAUCAAAGGAGAACCUGACCGGUUGGAUUCUGCUUUCCAUCUUGGUUAUAAUAUGAUUAUGAACUUGAUGAAGGUGGAGGGAAUCAAUCCGGAAUACAUGCUGGAGAGAUGUUUCUACCAGUUCCAGAAAAAUGCAGGACUACCGAAGCUGGAGGAAGGUUCAUCGACAGUCAACGAUUCUUUGACUUAA